GCUGUUUCCUCCUCUUAGCCCGCAGCUGCUGCUCACAAGCCCGGGCCGGGGGACUGGGCAGCAGCGGCUCCUCGGGCUCUCGAGACUUGGAUCCGCUCAGGGCCACCGCAAUGCCAGGAGCGGCCGGGGUCCUCCUGGUCCUGCUGCUCAGCGGGGGCCUCGGGGGCGGCCAGGCGCAGCGCCAGCAGCAGCAGCAGCAGCAGCAGCAGCAGCAGCAGCAGCAGCGCCAGCGGCAGUCCCAGGCACAUCAGCAAAGAGGUUUAUUCCCUGCUGUCCUGAAUCUUGCUUCUAAUGCACUUAUCACCACAAAUGCAACAUGUGGAGAAAAAGGACCUGAAAUGUAUUGCAAAUUGGUAGAGCAUGUCCCUGGGCAGCCGGUGAGGAACCCCCAGUGUCGAAUCUGCAAUCAAAACAGCAGCAAUCCAAACCAGAGACACCCGAUUACAAAUGCUAUUGAUGGAAAGAACACUUGGUGGCAGAGUCCCAGUAUUAAGAAUGGAAUUGAAUACCACUAUGUGACAAUUACACUGGAUUUACAGCAGGUCUUCCAGAUUGCAUAUGUGAUUGUGAAAGCAGCGAACUCCCCCCGGCCUGGAAACUGGAUUUUGGAACGCUCGCUUGAUAAUGUUGAAUAUAAGCCCUGGCAAUAUCAUGCUGUGACAGACACUGAGUGUCUAACUCUCUACAAUAUUUAUCCCCGCACUGGACCACCAUCUUAUGCCAAAGACGAUGAGGUCAUCUGUACUUCCUUUUAUUCCAAGAUACACCCCUUGGAAAACGGAGAGAUUCACAUCUCUUUGAUCAAUGGGAGACCAAGUGCUGAUGACCCCUCUCCUGAACUGUUAGAAUUUACCUCUGCUCGCUACAUUCGCCUGCGAUUUCAGAGGAUCCGGACCUUGAAUGCUGAUUUGAUGAUGUUUGCCCACAAAGACCCAAGAGAAAUUGACCCGAUUGUCACCCGAAGAUAUUACUACUCGGUCAAGGAUAUUUCGGUCGGAGGGAUGUGCAUCUGCUAUGGUCAUGCCAGGGCUUGUCCGCUUGAUCCGGUGACAAAUAAAUCCCGCUGUGAGUGUGAGCAUAAUACAUGUGGAGACAGCUGUGAUCAGUGCUGUCCAGGAUUCCAUCAGAAACCUUGGCGAGCUGGGACUUUUCUGACUAAAACAGAAUGUGAAGCAUGCAAUUGUCAUGGGAAAGCUGAAGAAUGCUACUAUGAUGAAAAUGUUGCCAGAAGAAAUCUGAGUUUAAAUAUACAUGGAAAGUACAUUGGAGGGGGUGUGUGUAUUAACUGCACUCAAAACACUGCUGGUAUAAACUGUGAGACAUGCAUUGAUGGUUUCUUCAGACCCAAAGGGGUAUCUCCAAAUUAUCCAAGACCAUGCCAGCCAUGCCAUUGUGAUCCAAUUGGUUCCUUAAAUGAAGUCUGUGUGAAGGAUGAAAAACACGUGCGACGAGGUUUGGCACCUGGGUCUUGUCAUUGCAAACCUGGCUUCACAGGCGUGAGCUGUGACCGCUGUGCCCGAGGCUACACUGGCUACCCAGAAUGCAAGCCUUGUAACUGCAGUGGUGCAGGGAGCACAAAUGAAGACCCUUGUUUUGGACACUGUCACUGCAAGGAGAAUGUUGAAGGUGGGGACUGCAGUCGCUGUAAAGCCGGCUUCUUCAAUUUGCAAGAGGAUAAUCAUAAAGGUUGUGAUGAGUGUUUCUGUUCUGGGGUUUCAGACAGAUGUCAGAGCUCGUACUGGACCUACGGCCAUAUACAAGACAUGCGUGGCUGGUACCUGACAGACAUCUCUGGCCAUGUUCAAGUGGCUCCCCAGCAGGAUGACUUAGACCUGCCUCAGCAGAUCAGCAUCCGCAGUGAGGAAGCCCACCGUGCCUUGCCGCAGGGUCACUACUGGAGUGCACCAGCUCCGUACCUGGGAAACAAACUUACAGCAGCUGGAGGACAAUUGACAUUUACCAUAUCAUAUGACUUUGAAGAAGAAGAAGAAGAUACAGAACGUGUACUCCAGAUUGUGGUUAUCUUAGAGGGAAAUGACUUGAGAAUUGGCACAGCCCAAGAUGAGGCGUAUCUGCAACCGUAUGAAGAACAUACUCAUGUAUUGUCACUUAAAGAAGAAUUGUUUACCAUUCAUGGCACAAAUUCCCCAGUCAGUAGAAGAGAGUUGAUGACAGUGCUUGCGAAUUUGAAGAGAGUCCUCAUACAAAUCACGUACAGCCUUGGGAUGGAUGCCAUCUUCAGGUUGGGCUCGGUGGGCCUUGAAUCUGCGGUGCCCUAUCCUACUGACGGAAGCCUCGCCACAGCUGUGGAAGUUUGUCAGUGUCCUCCUGGAUACACGGGCUCCUCUUGCGAAAAAAGAUACCAAGUUAAUGCUUCCUCUAAUCUCAUACCUGCCAGUAACACGAAGUCUUGCUGGCCUCAGCACAGACGAGUGAAUGGAACUAUUUUUGGUGGCAUCUGUGAACCAUGUCAGUGCUUCGGUCAUGCCGAAUCCUGUGAUGACAUCACUGGGGAAUGCCUGAACUGUAAGAAUCACACAGGUGGCCCAUACUGCAAUAAAUGUCUCCCUGGUUACUAUGGUGAUCCUAGUAAAGGAACCUCUGAAGACUGUCAGCCCUGUGCCUGUCCACUCAAUAUUCCAUCCAAUAACUUUAGCCCAACGUGCCAUUUAGACCGAAGUCUCGGAAUGAUCUGUGAUGCUUGCCCUGUUGGGUACUCAGGACCACGCUGUGAGAGGUGUGCAGAAGGCUAUUUUGGACAACCUUCUGUACCCGGAGGAUCAUGUCAGCCAUGCCAGUGCAAUGACAACCUUGACUUCUCCAUCCCUGGCAGCUGUGACAGCUUGUCUGGGUCCUGUCUGAUAUGUAAGCCAGGUACAACAGGCCGCUUCUGUGAGCUCUGUGCUGAUGGGUAUUUUGGAGACGCCGUGGAUGCAAAGAACUGUCAGCCUUGUCGCUGUCAUGUCAACAGCUCCUUCUCUGAGCGUUGUGAUGCCAGGACGGGACAGUGUGAGUGCAAACCUAACGUGCAGGGACGGCGGUGUGAUGAGUGUAAGCCUGAAACCUUUGGCCUACAAUCGGGGAGGGGGUGUGUUCCCUGCAAUUGCAAUUCUUUUGGGUCGAAAUCAUUCGACUGUGAAGAAAGCGGUCAGUGUUGGUGCCAACCUGGAGUGACAGGAAAGAAAUGUGACCGCUGUGCUCGUGGCUAUUUCAACUUCCAAGAAGGAGGCUGCACAGCUUGUGCCUGUUCCCAUCUGGGAAAUAAUUGUGACCCAAAGACUGGUCAGUGUAUUUGCCCUCCCAAUACCAUUGGAGAGAAAUGUUCUAGAUGUGCACCUAAUACCUGGGGCCACAGCAUCACCACUGGUUGUAAGGCUUGUAACUGCAGCACAGUAGGAUCCUUGGAUUUCCAGUGUAAUAUAAACACGGGCCAAUGCAGCUGUCACCCCAAGUUCUCUGGUGCCAGAUGUACAGAGUGCAACCGAGGUCACUGGAAUUACCCUCACUGCAGUCCCUGCGAGUGCUUCCUGCCUGGGACUGAUGACAGGACCUGUGACUCAGAGACUAAAAAGUGCUCCUGUAUUGAUCAGACUGGGCAGUGCACCUGUAAGGUGAAUGUAGAAGGCAUCCACUGUGAUAGGUGCCGGCCGGGCAAAUUUGGACUUGAUGCCAAGAACCCACUUGGCUGCAGCAACUGCUAUUGCUUCGGGGUUACUACCCAGUGUUCCGAAGCAAAAGGACUGAUCCGCACGUGGGUGACUCUGCAGCCUGAGCAGACCAUUCUGCCCCUGGUAGAUGAGGCCCUGCAGCACACCACUACCAAAGGCAUUGUUUUUCAACACCCAGAGAUUGUGGCACACAUGGACCUGGUGAGACAGGAACUCCGUUUGGAACCUUAUUAUUGGAAACUUCCAGAACAGUUUGAAGGAAAGAAGUUGAUGGCCUAUGGCGGCAAACUCAAGUACGCAAUCUAUUUUGAGGCUCGGGAAGAGACAGGUUUUUCUACCUAUAAUCCUCAAGUUAUCAUUCGAGGUGGUACCCCGACGCAUGCUAGAAUUAUCGUCAGGCACAUGGCUGCUCCUCUAAUUGGCCAACUGACACGGCAUGAAAUCGAAAUGACAGAGAAAGAAUGGAAAUAUUAUGGCGAUGAUCCUCGAAUCAGUAGAACGGUGACCCGUGAAGACUUCUUGGAUAUUAUAUAUGAUAUUCAUUAUAUUCUUAUCAAGGCAACCUAUGGAAACAUCAUGAGACAAAGCAGGAUUUCUGAGAUCUCGAUGGAGGUAGCCGAACAAGGAGGCAUAACAGCGGUGAUGCCUCCAGCUCGCUUGAUAGAAAGAUGUGAUUGUCCCCCAGGCUAUUCUGGUUUGUCUUGUGAGACAUGCAUGCCAGGAUUUUAUCGCCUGCAGUCUGAGCUGGGUAGCCACACUCCUAGACCAACUCUGGGCACCUGCGUUCCAUGUCAGUGUAAUGGACACAGCACCCUGUGUGAUCCUGAAACCUCCAAAUGCCAGAAUUGUCAACAUCACACUGCUGGUGACUUCUGUGAACGAUGUGCUCUUGGAUAUUAUGGAAUUGUCAGGGGAUUGCCAAAUGACUGUCAGCAAUGUGCUUGCCCUCUAAUUUCUUCCAGCAACAAUUUUAGCCCUUCUUGUGUCAUGCAAGGCCUCGAUGAUUACCGUUGCACCGCUUGCCCCCAGGGAUACGAAGGCCAGUACUGUGAACGAUGUGCCCCUGGCUAUACUGGUAGCCCCAGCAGCCCUGGAGGUUCCUGCCAAGAAUGUGAGUGUGACCCCCACGGCUCGUUGCCUGGCCCCUGUGACCCCAUCACAGGGCUCUGCACAUGCCGCCCCGGAGCCACAGGGCCGAAGUGUGACGGCUGCAAGCAUUGGCAUGCACGCGAGGGCAUGGAGUGUGUGUUUUGUGGAGAUGAAUGCACGGGCCUUCUUCUUGGUGACUUGGCUCGCCUGGAGCAGAUGGCCAUGAGUAUCAACCUCACUGGCCCACUACCUGCCCCAUACAAAAUGCUGUAUGGUCUUGAAAAUAUGACUCAAGAACUAAAGCACCUGCUCUCACCUCAGCGGGCCCCAGAGAGGCUCAUUCAAUUGGCAGAAGGCAAUCUGAACAUGCUCGUGUCGGAAAUGAAUGAGCUUCUGACCAGGGCUACCAAAGUGACAGCAGAUGGCGAGCAAACUGGACAGGAUGCUGAGAGGACCAACAAGCGAGCAGACUCCUUAGGAGAAUUCAUUAAGGAGCUUGCCCAGGAUGCAGAAGCUGUAAAUGAAAAAGCUGUAAGACUAAAUGAAACUCUCGGAACUCAAGACAAGGCCUUUGAGAGAAAUUUGCAAGCGCUUCAGAAAGAGAUUGAUCAGAUGAUGGCAGAACUGAGAAGGAAAAAUCUAGACAAACAAAAGGAAGUUGCUGAAGAUGAGUUAGUAGCUGCCGAAGGCCUUCUGAAGAAAGUGAAGAAGUUAUUUGGAGAGUCCCGAGGGAAAAACGAGGAAAUGGAGAAGGGUCUCCAGAUGAUAUUGGCAGACUACAAAGACAGAGUUGAUGAUGCUUGGGACCUGCUGAGAGAAGCCAUGGAGAAAAUCAGAGAGGCUAAUCGCUUAUCUGCAGCCAACCAGAAAAACAUGACUGCUUUGGAGAAAAAGAAGGAGGCUAUUGAACGUGGCAAACAACAAACUGAGAACACUUUAAAAGAAGGCAAUGACAUACUUGAUGAAGCCAACCGUCUUGCAGGCGAAAUCAACUCAGUCAUAGAUUAUGUUGAAGACAUUCAAACUAAAUUGCCACCCAUGUCUGAAGAGCUUAAAGAUAAAAUUGAUGACCUUGCCCAGGAAAUAAAGGACAGGAACCUGGCUGAGAAAGUGUCCCGGGCUGAGAGCCAUGCGGCUCAGUUGAAUGACUCAUCUGCCGUCCUUGAUGGAAUCCUUGAUGAGGCUAAAAACAUCUCCUUCAAUGCCACUGCAGCCUUCAAUGCCUACAGCCAUAUUAAGGAUUCUAUUGAUGAAGCCGAGAAAAUUGCCCAAGAAGCUAAAGGUCUUGCGCAUGAAGCUACAAAACUGGCAACAGGUCCUCAAGGUUCACUAAGGGAAGGUGCCAAAGGCUCUCUUCAGAAAAGCUUUUGGGUCCUUAAUGAAGCCAAGAAGUUGGCAAAUGCCGUAAAAGAAAAUGAUGACUAUCUGAAUGGCUUAAUAACCAGAUUAGAAAAUGCAGAUGUUAGAAAUGAGGAUCUCCUGAGAGCUUUGAAUGACACUUUGGGGAAGCUGUCAGCCAUUCCAAAUGACACAGCUGCUAAACUGCAAGCCAUUAAGGACAAAGCAAGACAAGCCAACGACACUGCAAAAGACGUAUUGGCACAGAUUAAAGAUCUCCACCAGAACCUUGAUGGCCUGAAGAAAAACUACAAUCAAUUAGCAGACAGCGUAGCCAAAACAAAUGCUGUGUUAAAAGAUCCUUCGAAGAACAUUGCAGAUGCCGAUGCCACUGUGAAAAAUCUAGAACAAGAAGCUGAUCGUCUGAUAGAUAAACUCAAACCCAUCAAGGAACUUGAGGAUAACCUAAAGAAAAACAUCUCUGAGAUAAAGGAACUGAUAAACCAAGCCCGGAAACAGGCUAAUUCUAUCAAAGUAUCUGUGUCUUCCGGAGGUGACUGCAUUCGAACAUACAAGCCGGAAAUCAAGAAAGGAAGCUACAAUAAUAUCAUUGUCAACGUAAAGACAGCUGUUGCUGACAACCUCCUUUUUUAUCUUGGAAGUGCCAAAUUUAUUGACUUUCUGGCUAUAGAAAUGCGUAAAGGCAAAGUAAGCUUCCUCUGGGAUGUUGGAUCUGGAGUUGGACGUGUAGAGUAUCCAGAUUUGACUAUUGAUGACUCUUAUUGGUAUCGUAUUGAGGCAUCAAGAACUGGGAGGAAUGGGACCAUUUCGGUGAGAGCCCUGGAUGGACCCAAAGCCAGCAUCGUGCCUAGUACCUACUAUGCAGCAUCUCCUCCGGGGUACACCAUUCUUGAUGUGGACGCCAAUGCGAUGCUGUUCGUUGGUGGCUUGACUGGGAAACUGAAGAAGGCAGACGCCGUACGCGUGAUUACGUUCACGGGCUGUAUGGGAGAAACGUACUUCGACAGCAAACCUAUAGGCUUGUGGAAUUUCCGAGAAAAAGAAGGUGACUGCAAAGGAUGUACUGUCAGUCCUCAGGUAGAAGAUAGUGAAGGGACUAUUCAGUUUGAUGGAGAAGGGUACGCAUUGGUCAGCCGCCCCAUUCGCUGGUACCCCAACAUCUCAACUGUCAUGUUCAAGUUCAGGACAUUUUCUUCAAGUGCUCUCCUUAUGUACCUUGCCACACGAGACCUGAAAGAUUUCAUGAGUGUGGAGCUCACUGAUGGGCAUGUAAAAGUCAGCUAUGAUCUGGGCUCAGGAAUGGCUUCCAUUGUCAGCAAGCAAAACCAUAAUGAUGGGAAGUGGAAAUCCUUCACUCUGUCAAGAAUUCAGAAACAAGCCAACAUAUCAAUUGUAGAUAUAGAUUCUAACCAGGAGGAGAACAUAGCAACUUCAUCUUCUGGAAACAACUUUGGUCUUGACUUGAAAGCAGAUGACAAAAUAUAUUUUGGUGGUCUGCCAACACUGAGAAACUUGAGUAUGAAAGCAAGGUAAAAUUUAAAUUAUGCAUGCCUUCCUCAAGUGCAUGGGUUGGGUAAAUGUGGCUUCUUAGAUAAAAGCAGUGGAGAAGAAGAGCAACACCUGUGCAGCUUCAUUCCUAGUACAUUUCAUGAGCAAGUAAUGCAUUCUGAGAGUCCUCAUGCUGUCCUUUACUUACAAAGAUGCUGCUGCUCACCCACCACCAACUGAGCUGCAAUUACACUUGUUUCACCAGCCACAGCCACGAGGACAGAUUUCGCUCUGCUUUUCUCAGUGGCCCGCGCACAGUGCCCCCCUGGCGCCAAUAUGCAACAGCACACACGCAAAGGGCAGCUGGUCAGGUUUAGGGGCACAGCGUAGUUCCGUGGAACAGAACAAAGUAUCCUGAUGGGUUGAAUCCUGGACCCCGAUCUCUGUAGCCCCAUGCUUUCUGCUGAACUACCAGCCUGUGCUCCCAAAUGCUCACCACUGCCUUGCUGCUUUUUGCCAGCCUGCAAAUACGCACACGUUUACAGGGUCCUUGCAUCACUUUGCAAAGCUGCUUAUCUAUCGUUGUGUUUAUUUAGAAUGAGCUAUGAAGUCAGAUAAAAAGGAACCUCUGGAACUAUUGUGCCUAAAACAAGUGUUUGCCUUAAUGGUGAAGAGAUUUGUGGAUAGGCUCCCCAGCUUCCCAGGAGCAUUGUAAUUUCUGUUUGCAGCAAAGCAUUAACAUGAAAGUUAUGAAUAGCAGGCCUCUGUAAGCGGCUGAUCAAACCCCAGAGAUGUGCAGGGAUGACAUUCUGGCUAGAGCCUGGUGCUUUGGUAUUUCAGAGCCUAACUAUGUCAUCCUUCUGGAAAGGAGCUAAUACAGCUGAACUUAUCCAAGAAACUUUUCAAGCAAAGGCCAGACUUCUAAUACCAGAACAUAGAAUAUUCAGAAAUGAAAGUAUAUACAAAAAAAUAAUCCAAGUUGUUCUAUCACCUUGUAGCAAUGAGCCCAGUCCUGCUGUUUGCUAAGAUGGCUCCAAGGCAAAGGCUGGCUUUCAGUGGAAGAAUAUAAAUGUAUAUAUAAAUAUAAAAGAAUAUAAAACUCUGGAGUGACACUGUGUCACUUUGUAGGCAAACAGAGGAAACAGGCCUGUGGUUACCAUUAGGAGGCUGAUCUCCAUAUGUGAUUGCUUAUCCCCUGUGCUUUUCCUAGCAUCGAGCCGCUAAAUCAUCAUGUUUUGAAACAGUUCCUUGUAUGUCCAUGCAACAGUGGAGUACAGAACUUUGAGAAGUGACUUACUUUAUUGAUAAGACCUCUGGAAAAAAUGGUAAUAAAUCGCUCAUCCUCUAGAGGAGAAUGAACACUUAGAAUGAAAUUCACCCAAUCCUUUCACUUUAUAAAUAAGAUUCUAAGCAAGAUCCUCACUCACCCUCCACCUGGGUAUCUUCUUCAUAACAACCAACUGACUGAGCAGAAGGAGAAGACCUUGGGAAUAAAGGGAAAUGAUCCAAGAAAAUGAAGCAGUUCCAGAGACAGAAAAAAGAAGCAGAACAGAUACCUGGCUUGACAUAAAUCACCUGCUACACUUGCCAGGGUUUGAGUUCCUUUCUCACCUGUUUUUCCUCUUGCCCUGUGUUCUAUAUUGAGGCAAAAAAAGGGAAUCCUGUCAUCAUGGGAUCAUGAGGAGACAAUUAAUCAUUAUCCAAAUAAUUAUCUUUAUGUUGGUUGGACGGGUUUUAUAGAUGCUUAUUAACAGAAAAAAAAAGUAUUAUUUUUUAACCCAAUAGACUUGUACUAUUAUUCAAUAGGGUAGCCAUCAGCCACAGUGUUCAGUUUCAAUUAAAUACAAUUAAAUAACAGUGUUCAGCUUCUCAUUGGCAUAAGCUUCAUUUCAAGUGCCAAUAACCACAUGUGACUAGUAACUACUAAUUUGGAGAAUGCAGAAGGGAAUAUUUCCAUCUCCACAGAAAGUUCUCUUGGACAGGACUACUCUCAACUAGCCAAAGAACUAUCAUCACUGACAUUAUGCUAGCUACUGUUUAUUGAGCACUUACUGGGUGCUAGUGUGUUUGCCUUUUCCUAAGAACUAAAGAAUAAAAAGUAAACAAUCAAAUGUGAUUUGGGUAUUAAAGCCAUUUUCAAUCUUAUUGGGAAAAAUAUAUGUUCUGUACCUUUGGUCGCUUCAUUUUGUUAUUGCACCUCUAUAAAAUAAGGACUCUGGGGUCAGUCUGUAAAUCCAGCGUUGAAGUAUUUUUCUGGAUGGUGUAAUCCAAAAGGAUGUUUCCUAGGCUUUGUUUU